CACUGUGAAGGAAAACCCCAUCGGAUCUGAUAUUGCAGGAUGCUUGUGAAAUAUACAUAGCUUGCUUUCCUUUCUGCGGCUGCAGCCUUCUGAAGAUCGCACAUGUGCACUGGAAUGCUUAGGAACGCAAUGCACGUUUGGAAGAUCCGUGAUCAAGACUCCCUGUCAUAGAACGAGCAGACUUGUGCGGUGCUUAAACUUGUCCUUCAAUUUAUAUCCAGUUUCCCCUGUAUUUGUAUAUUUUUCUCACACCUGGAUACAGAAGAAUUGGGUACUUUGAAAACCUGCAUGCUAAUAGUAAUACCAGAGGAUAUGUAUGCUUACCUGGGAUUAAACAACCUUUUGGACAACUUGGCAAUUGCGUAAAUGGGGUAUUUUCCUGAUAUGUCAUUUAUCGUCUCCAAAAUAUAGAAGAAACGUGCUUUUUUCGCUCACUAGGCGUUGUGAUGGUCGUAGUUGUUUUUACUGACUGACACCAAAAUCAGAACAAUUCAGAAGCUGGUUGUAGGGAAUUUCUGAGAGCUAAAAGAUGAAAGCUCCUAUCCCUCUCUUGAUCCUUCUGUAUGCUUCUAUUGCCAAGAGCCUGAAGGUUGUGACCAAAAGGGGCUCAGCUGACGGAUGCACAGAUUGGUCUGUGGACUACAUGAAGUACAAAGUGCUUUUCGGUGAACCUGUACGAAUUAAAUGUGCUUUAUUUUAUGGAUAUAUCAGAGCAAACUACACCCUAGCGCAGAGUGCAGGACUGAGUCUGAUGUGGUACAAGAGCACUGGACAUGGGGACUUUGAAGAACCCAUACCUUUUGAUGGUGUUAGAAUGAGUAAAGAAGAGGAUUCAAUAUGGUUUCGACCUGCAGAAUUACAAGACAUUGGACUUUAUGCCUGUGUAUUAAGGAACUCAACGUAUUGUAUGAAGGUUUCUAUGUCAUUGACUGUGGCUGAAAAUGACACAGAUCUCUGCUACAAUUCCAAAAUGAGGUACUUUGAAAAAGCUGAACUUAGCAAAAACAAAGAAAUUUCAUGCCCUGACAUCGAGGAUUAUGUACUGCCUCACAGAGAGCCCAAUAUAGUAUGGUAUAAGGAAUGCAAGCCAAAAGUAUGGAGACAGACAGUUGUACGGAGGAAGGAUACUUUAAUUAUACGGGAGGUUCGAGAAGAUGAUAUCGGGAAUUACACUUGUGAACUGCAGUUUGGAAACUUUGUAGUACGAAGAACUACAGAAUUAACUGUAACAGCACCCUUGACAGACAAGCCUCCCAAGGUCCUGUUUCCAUCAGAAAACAGAAUGAAUGUUUUGGAGGUACAGAUUGGAAGUCCUGCUAAUCUGACCUGUCGGGCCUUUUUUGGCUACAGUGGAGACGUGAGCCCUUUAAUUUACUGGAUGAAAGGGGAGAAGUUUAUUGAAGAUCUGGAUGAAAGCCGGGUUCGAGAAAGCGACAUCAGAGUUCUUAGAGAGCACCUUGGGGAGCAAGAAAUUUCCAUUUCCUUCAUUAUCGAUUCUGUGGAAGAAGGGGAUCUUGGGAAUUAUUCAUGUUAUGUGGAAAAUGGGAAUGGAAGGCGGCAUGCCAGUAUUCUUUUACACAAAAGAGAGCUGAUGUACACAGUUGAACUUACUGGUGGGCUUGGUGCCAUCCUGCUGCUACUUGUCUGUUUAGUGAUACUCUACAAGUGCUAUAAGAUUGAGCUCAUGCUGUUUUAUCGCAACCAUUUUGGAGCUGAUGAAGCUGAUGGAGAAAACAAAGAUUAUGAUGCGUACUUGUCUUACACCAAAGUGGAUCCUGACCAAUGGGGUCAGGAGACCAGUGAAGAGGAGCGAUUCGCACUCGAGAUCCUCCCUGACGUGCUGGAGAAGCACUGUGGGUAUAAGCUCUUCAUACCCGACAGGGAUUUAAUUCCAACAGGAAGUAUCACCAAUGAUCAUUACCAGGAUGAUACAAGACUGCUCAGAGCUUAUAUUGAAGACGUAGCGAGAUGUGUGGAUCAGAGCAAAAGAUUAAUAAUUGUGAUGACCCCCAACUAUGUGGUCAGAAGAGGCUGGAGCAUCUUUGAGCUUGAGACACGGCUCCGCAACAUGCUGGUCUCUGGAGAGAUCAAGGUCAUACUGAUCGAAUGCUCUGAACUCCGAGGCAUCAUGAACUACCAGGAGGUGGAGGCCCUCAAACACACCAUCAAGCUGCUGACUGUUAUCAAAUGGCAUGGGCCCAAAAGCAACCAGCUGAAUUCGAAGUUCUGGAAACAUUUACAGUACGAAAUGCCCUUUAAGAGGAUAGAGCCCAUCAUUGCGCACGAGCAGGUCUUAGAUGUGAGCGAGCAGGGAGCCUUUGGAGAACUGCAGACCGUGUCGGCCAUCUCCAUGGCAGCUGCCACAUCCACCGCUUUAGCCACCGCCCAUCCAGAUCUGCGCUCCACCUUUCACAACACCUACCACACCCAAAUGCGGCAGAAACAUUACUACCGCAGUUACGAGUACGAUGUACCUCACACCGGCACCCUGCCCACCGUUACCUCAUUAGGGAACCAACAUACCUACUGUAACAUCCCCAUGACGCUAAUCAAUGGGCAAAGGCCGCAGUCUAAAUCAAACAGGGGACAAAACCCAGAGGAGGCUCACACGAACAAUGCCAUGCUGCCCCUCUUGCCCAGAGAGACCAGUAUAUCCAGUGUCAUUUGGUGACAUCUGAACAAAGUGGAAAGUUGGCCUGCUCCAGUGUUUGCUGAACCCUGCAGUCUGGUGGUUGGAACUGCAACCUUGACUGCUACUGUUAAACCUGAAUCACAAUCCACAUAGAAAAAACAACAAGAUACACACACACACUCUCUCACACACACGCACACACACACACGCACACACACAAGGAAAACAGGGUCUUGUACAUAUAUUUGAAAUUUCUUUGUAGCAUUGGUGUCUUCCUGUUCGUUUGAUGGUUGUUGCCUCUACUACAUUAUGACUUUGUUUUAUAUGUUAUCCAAAAUGAUAUAUAUUUCUAGUUUUGUUUUUGUUUUGUUUUAUUUUGUUUUAAUGGAUGCUCAGACGAUUGUUCGUAUGCUAUAUAGAUUGGACAGUUCCUUUUUUUUCCUGACUUAGACUAGAAUGAUUUUACUUUUAACAUUUCAUUGGAUUACUUGGGCAGAGCUCUGUUUUACUAGAAGGAGCAACAUCCUUUUUGUGUUGGCCUAUCUAGCACGUAACUUGUUCAGAGUGCGUACUUUCUAAAUGGAUUAUGCAAAAGAUUGAGAAUCUUGACAGUAACAUUUAUUCCCCUCUUUUGAAAUAGCUUACAAAGAUUUUGGGGAGUGGUGCUAGGAUCCAGCUUUAUCCAGUUGGUGAAGAUAAAAACAGGUGAAGAUAAAACAGUAACAUAUCAAACACAAACCCUUUCUAACAGCAACGGCUGUACCAAUUCAGUAAAGACCAUGACAGGUAUUCUUAGAUUUUUCUAUCAAAAAUAUUUGUUUAGAAGUACGUGAACAGUUCAUGUUUGCAUAAUGUAAAACAGUUUUGUGUAUUUCAUUACAUUGAUGUAGUUUUUUUUAGGCCAGCAAAGUGGAUGUUGGGUCCUUUAUUAGAUGUUCUCUUUAUAAUUUAAGUAUAAAUGCAUUUUGAUAUAUUAUAGUUCUUGAAAUGAUUUUAUAAGAAUGUUUUUCACUCGCUAAAAAAAAAACAAGACUUGGAGAAAAGAGUAUGCGUGUGUUUGAAAGACCAAGGCAGUUUUCAUCAGUACUUAUGCAUAGUAAGUAGAUUCUAUAAAAAAAAAACACACACAAUUCACACUCUUGAAGAAACUCUGCUGAUUUCUAUAGCAACACAAUCAUGAUUUGUUUCCCUUAACUACUUUCACUGCACAUUAAAAUCCUUGACCUCAACUUAGUGCCUCCCUUUUACUCCAGUAAAAUGACUCCUUUAAGUAAGUUUUAAAAACUGCCAUAACUAGAUUAAGUUUUGGGGCAGAGGUUUACAUGUUUAAACUUAUAGGAGCUGUCUGUUCUCUUUCAGGACUGAGUAUUCUUCAUUAAACAUUUACAGGAACGACUGGGAUGAAUGGGAUUGGGGUCUCUCUAACUGGGACCUGAAUUAAAUUAAAGCUCCAUUGUGCCUCCAAUGCAAUGUUUAUAAUUAUUAUCGUGGCUCCAUAAUUAUGAUUUAACCCAGGCCUUAGUGACAGCCAUUGUAGAAUAUCCCUCUGUUGGAUUAUUGAAUUCCAUUCCAUGACCAAACUUUGAACCCUGAUCAGCAGGGGGAUUUUUGACAGUGUGAGGAUUUGCAUCUACAUUCAUCCCAUACAUGUAUCAGAGAUGAAGGGCAAUAAACAUAUAUCCACUCAUCAUCUCUACAGUAUAUGGAUGGAUAUACUGUAGGUUUUGAGACAAUCUAGCAACAUUCACCAUCCAAAAGGUGCAUUUAUUUAGGUGAGUGGCGAGUUGUUUUGUUUGUAAUCCCAGAGCUCUAAUAUAUACUGCUUGUGUAAUACACUGCAUUGCAUUACAUCAGGCACUUUGAUUUGCACAAUUCAGGGACUAAGGGAUAGGAUACUAUUUAUCUCUCACUUGUGUUUUGCUUUUCCCUGCCAUGUUAAUUGAGUGAAAAUGGAAGGAAUGAAUAAAACAAGAUUUGUUUUAAGUCACACAACAGAUACCCCUUUCUAAGCAUACUCAAUAAACAAGGGUGUUCAUUCACUGCUACACUAGCACUAUGAAUACAGCGCAUUAUAUCUUGGGCUUUUUUCAGUGAGCAUACCUAAAUGUACAUGCAUCUCCAGUUUUGUGCAUAUUAAGGAAUGCAUUCGAGUUUAGUAUACCCUUGGGCCUUAUGGCUGAAGGCAAGUUUUAAAAUGCAAAAACCUCAUAAACAAAUCAGCCGAUCAGUGUGAAGGGCUAGUUGUUGGUAAGACCGCUGUAAUUCACAAAUGCAGAUGUUUUUGAUAAUGGCCAAGUUAUCAUUAUCACUGUCAUAAACUUAAUUCCAGUUCAACCAUGGUUUAAUUGAUUAUGAAGUGAAGUUUACCUUUGCUGAUAUGUCUGUCGGUCAUUGCUGCUGCUGCUUGAGGUCUGUGGAGAUUCCUGCCAUGGCCCUCAUGGUAGAAGGUUGCUGCAUGUAACUGCACUUCUAGCUCUUCCGACAAACCUUUUAAAGUGUCCUAUGCUGUUGUCUUCAGAGUUGUGGUUAUCACAAGUGGCUGAAUCAUCCUCAUCUGGAUGGGAAGACUGUGCCUGCUUCUAAAUGUAUGGAAUGAUGUCAUUGAGUACAACUUUAAGAGAAAUCAAAAAAAAAAAGUAUUUAAAAAAAAAAGAAAAGAUGGCUCACCCAAAUCUUUUUAUGGGCUUCCCCAUCUUUGGGGGUUUGUUUCCAAACUUGAAGUUAAGUUAGGACCGUUUACUAUUCUAUGAACAAAUUAUUUUUCUAAGCUUAAUACACAUAGUAUAUCUAUAUACCUAGUAUAUAUAUAUAUAUAUAAAAAAAAAAAAAAAAAUGACAUGUUUUAAUCAUGUCCAGAAUGCUUAUCUAAAGCACUGGGGAGAUGCUUAUAAAAAUAUGGUUACACAUUUCUGUGACUUGUACAGCAAACAUGCUGAUAAUUUUUUAUUUGAAGAUAUCUGUGCAAGUAAAUGUCAUUAUGAGUUGUUAAAGUAAGAGGCUCGAUACAUGAGUCAGUGUAUCAAGUAGUUAUGGUAUCAAAUCAAAGCAAAAGCCUGUUUACUUUUAAUGCUAUCAUAGCUAGUCAGAAACUUCAAAAGGCUUUUUCCCUUCAGUUUGAAAACACAGGACUUAUCAAGUACUUGCAGUGGUUGCUUCAUUUGCUUCAUUUGUAAACUUACCUCAUAUACUAUACUUGUUUAGUAAUGCCAAUUACCCUCUGGAACACAUUCAAACAACCUAACUCUUCACACUGUACACAGCAAUCCCUCAUGAGACAAAGUGGCAGAGUUUCCUACAAAGCUGUACCCACUGGCAGGAGCUUACAACUAAUGUACUAACAGUCCCAGCUGAAUUGUAUAAAUGCAUGUACAUAAAUGCAAACAUAUCCAUAUACGCUCAUAUGUGAGGAAGGGAUGCCAGCUGUUUCUAUUGUCUCUUACAGAUGAAAUACUAUUAACAAAUAAAGAUUUUUUUUUCUUAUUCUUAAUUUCUCUAUCCAAUACUAUGUUCAUUACGUGCCAAAUACAAUGAUUCGAUUUCUUUUUUCUUUUUAAAAUAAACUGCUUGGUUUUAUCAUUCUUUGUACACUUCCUAAAUAUACAUUAAAAAACAGGAGCCUGACUUGUGUGCAUUAGAUACAAAUCAGACUUCAAUUAGGACAAAAUAUGAAGAGAUGUUUUCUACUGGUUCUAAAUCACAUUAAGCUAUUGUGUGUCUUCCUGAAAAAAGGCAAUUUGCAAGAAAGAGAUGUAUCACACCAAUGCCUAGUUAAAGUUUAAUCAACAGUAAACACAUCAUUUAAUAAAGAACCGUCUUUUGCGAUACCUCAGCAGUUAAAAAAAAUUUAGUUUUCUGUGGGGGGUUGGGUAAACAUUUUAAAUGCUAGAUUAUGCCUCCCUUACUUCAGAUAGAUAGAUUAAGAGUUAAAAUCAUACUCUUGCUAAUGCAUUGUUUAAAUAAAUGGAUGAUUUAGAAUUAAAUUGCAUAGGGAUACUGUCCAUCUGGCACUUCUAUUCUAUUCUUCUAUUCUAUCUUCUAUUUGGAAAUUUGGAAAAUACUAAUAAACAUACAGUACAGUGCAUUGCUAUGUUUUAUACACCAAGGCAUUUUAGGUGCAUUAUUCUCCUAGAGUUUGGUGUAGUUGACCACGAGGUAAUCUAUGGAUCGAGUGGAAAUGCAACUGAAAUGCAACGCAUAAUCUCCCCGACCCAUCAUUUACAGUGAGUUCUAUGCUCCUUAUCAUAAGUGAAAUAAGUGCUCUGGUGGCAACGUGUUCUCCUGCUUCUUCUUUGUUGCUGUUGCUAUUUGAGACUGCCGUGGGUGGACCUGGGGUUCACCCCGAGUGAAUAUGUAAUUAUUAUUCCAUGUGUGGGAGGGAACCACCUGCUGUUGAAGUAUCUUCCUCAAAGACAGAACAGAGCAAUUAAUUUUAUUAGUCAUACAGCUCCAUCUGCAAGUGUUUGGCAUAAUGCUUUUGACACCCCAGAAAAAAGAAAUAUAAUUACAAGUUUCGGAUUCUCUCUGUUUUUUCAAACAUACGUUACAUCCGAAUUGCAAAGUGUAACUACACUUUAAUUCUCGAGUUCAGUGAGGGUAAUCAUGAGCUUACAUAUAUCCUCUAAUUACCACCUGUUAUUUCAGAAUAGUGUUCACUGCAGACAGUCAGGGUCUAGUCAUUAAUUGUUAAUAAGAAUUUACUUGGGACUUAUGUAGAGUCCAAGCCAUUGCGUCUAAUCAAGUUGGCUUGGCUGAUAUUUCUACAUGGAUGAGAUUUAAAAUAAAUAAAUAAAUAAAACAGCAAGAAGGCUUACAGGUUUUACAGAUUAUGUAGACCUGGAGUAACUCUAUCACUAUGCUCAUAUACAGCACACACAGAGGUGGUAAUGACACAAGCCUUAAAAUAUUGUAUGUUUAUAUUGCCUUUUUUUUUUUUUUUAAAUACACCUUACAUUUGACGAAGUAAAUAAGGAUUUGUUAGUAUUUAUAACUUUUCACUGAACCUUACCUGUUGUUUUGAUUUACGGAAUGCAAAGGGCACUGCUAAGUUUAUGCAUGGCAGCAGAAAUACAACAAUGAAAAGCUAACAGCGGCCCUCUUGAAAACAACUAAAUCUCUUACCGAGGCACAUGGAAAAGGCAUAGGUGGAUUUUAAUGUAAAUAUAUGCAACACUGCAGGCUACAAAAUACUAUUAGAGACUGGCAUUUCUUCUUGAUAUGAGGUGGUGUUUGUUUAAAUUCAGGGCAAGCAGAAAACAAAAAAGUACACUGCUUUACUUACUCAUUGUAUGCCAGAGCAAGGACACUCAGUAGAGAAAAGGUAAUUAGAGGAGUGACUGAAUUAUUUGUUGUUCAUGUAUUUUGUUAUCUCUAGUAUGCUGUUGUAUAUUUAAAAAUACAGUACUUGACACACAAGCCAACAUAGCUUGGUGCAAGUUUUCCACAUCUAGUAUUUUGCAUUUUUACUGCUUUUAUUGUUACAGGGAAAACACCACUCACUAAAUAUGAAUGCUGCACAUGUUAGCAAUAUAGAUAUUGAUUUUUGUAAUGUUUAUUGUACUUGCCUAACUUUUCAACAAAAAAAAAAUUAUAAAAAAGGAUAAAAAGACAAAAAAAAAAAAAACACAAGUUCUGUACCAGAAACGUUUUCAUGAUUCAAUAAACAAUGUUACUACAUAUUCAUUGACAUUUCUUGUAAACAUUUUAAGAGCACACGAUGCCCUGGGUUUGUUAAAGCACAAGGUGUACUAUGUCUAGAAUUAAAAAAAUAACAACAAUAAUAAUAAAAAUAAUUUGGUGUGAUUUUGCUUUAGGUAAACAAUGUUGGAUGUUUAAAGAAAAGAAAACAAAAAAACAACUUUAAUACUUGCAUAUGAAUAUUUUUGUAUAAUAUUAUCUGAAGGAGGUAAAAUAAAUAAAUAAAUAAAUAAAAACCUGCUUCAUGGUAUGAGACUUUUAGAGAAAAUAAACAGGGUAUGUGUGUCCAGUUUGUAAAUGUCUUAUUUCAGGAACACUCUUUCACUGGUUAAAUGCAAGGUUAUGACAAUUUAAGAUAUAACUUUUUUUUUUGUGAACUGGAAAAAAAAUAGAAAAUAAUAAAAAAAAAUUAUGAACAAAAGAUGUAUGCACCCAAUAUUUGUAUUCUUAUGUUAUGGAGAACGACUAUUUUAUUAUUUAAAAGGUGUAUUAGCUCCAAAAAUUGGCAGCUUAUAUGGGUAGCUUAAUAGAAGAACCAGGAGUUCCCACAGUUUCUUGGUCCCCCAUUAUAUUAAACAUCCUGACCAAGGACCACCCACCUGCAAUUUUGAUUCUGAUACCUUCAAUAAGUUUCAUUAUGUUCAGUGUCAUUUCUCAGACAUUUGAGAAACCACUCUGUAAUUACUGCACUCGGUACACUCAGUAUAUUGGCAGA